AUGAAUGCCGAACAACGACGCGAUCGCCGCCUGUAUCCGACGAUCAAAGCCCGCGUCGCGCAGGCUUUUUAUGAACAUGGCAGAUUCUGCGCGGCCCAUCCAAUUCUAUGCCUUUCGAUGACGAUCUGCUUCUUCGUGCUUCUCGCAUUGCCGACAGUUUCCCGAUUCCGACUGCCCAUCUCCUCCCCGAUGGAUGUCCACUGGAGCACCGGCAUUCCGGAGCCAAACACCGGUCCGGAAUGGCUGCAACUAUCGCCGGCCGCAUACCUCCAACAGAUCGUCAUUCGAUCGGGGGUCGAGCCCUGGCAUGCGGCCAAUUUAAGCGUUGAGCAAUCGAUUCGAGGACCCCUUUCACGGGCAUUUAUCGCCAUGGAGAAGCUGAGGAUGGUGCCUGAAUUGAGCGCCAUCUGCCUGCAAAUACAAAACAACGGAGAGCUGGGCAUUCCGCGCAGGGGGUGCCUCCUGACGUCGCCAAGUCUCUUCUGGCAUGAUGAUGUGGAGAGGAUGAGAGAGGACGAAAAUGUCGUGUCGACGGUGUACGCGGCAAAUUGUUCGCCCGAGCUGUGUGUGCGUGAUCUGUUGCUGGGAAUGCCGGCUGGGAUGUCGGGAGUCAAGCAGCGCUUUCAAACAAACAGGAAAAGAACAAUCGAUUUUGCGGUCACCCUGUUCCUGCAUCAAUAUGACGAACACACCAUUCAGAAAAUGGCUUCAUCGCUGGAAACGGCUUUCAGCCGAGUGGAAAGCGAGGCCCAGGAUGACACGACAUUUGUCCACGUCUUCUAUCGCCCUCGAAAAUACUUUACCGACUAUUUUCCUCUCAUCUUAUCCUACACAAUUUUUGGGGCCUAUCUUUACUAUUCGGCGUCAAAAUUCGAGAUGGUGUCAUCAAGGGCGGGGUUGGCGUUGGCUGCUGCCUUUACCAUUGCCGCAACUCUGAUGAUUACAGCCGGUGUCUCGGCGUAUCUGGACUUGCAACCGUCAUUAUGGGGAGCCGAUUUGUUCCCGUAUCUCGCGCUGAUCGUCAGCUUAGAAAAUGUGCUCUGCAUUACCAAAGCCGUGGUCUACACACCGCCAUCGCUUGAUGUGGCGUCGAGGAUCGCGCAUGGGCUUUCCCACGAGGGGUACACGAUUGCAAAGUAUUUCCUCUUGGAGCUAAUCUUCCUCUCUGCCGGCUUCAUCACCGGCGUCGUCGAGAUCCAGCAGUUCUGCCAGUUUGCCUUUGUCGGCUUGGUGACUGACUUUUUCAUGCAGCUGUUUUUCUACAUCCCAUGCCUUGUCCUCGAUCUGCAUCGGCUCAGCGAUGACGAGAAGAAGCGUUUCUCCCUCCUUUUGCUAACCAUCAAAGUGCCACCAUUGGGCACUUUUCCAACCGUCAAUUGCCCGGUGAAGCGGCUAUGGCCAAGCUUAUUCGAAAAGGCGCGGAAGAAGCGGUUGACACGAGCCCUCUCCGAAUCGCGUCUCAACGGCCUUUGGGCGGUCGAUCACGGCAAUUCGGUCACGAAGAAAGGUCUACCAAGCCAUCGCCGGUCUGCCUCGACAGCAAAACAGCCAGAUUUCGACGACAACGACAAGCCGUUGAUGGGUCGGAUGGUUUCGGCACGGCGACUCGGCUUCAUGUCGUUCAUUUCGCGGACCCGGCUUUUCCAGCGAACGCUAAUGGUGCUAUUCGCGUUGUGGGUCAUUUGGCUUGGCUUUAUCGUGCAGCGGCGAUUACCCGAUGAUGCCGCCGAUGCGAGCCGUUUCGGGGUCUCACAGCGACUGCUCGAGACGGCGCCCCAGCAGUGGGGCGAAUGGCAACGUCGCACAUUCAAGUGGUGGCCGGCCCUAUUCGCCGAGUACAACAUGACCCUCAGCGGUCACUACAUCACGUAUCUACCGCCAAUUGUGCUGAAGACUAUGAUUGCGCCCGAUGAUCCGAUGCUGUUCGCGGUCCCGCCACGGCCGACCAUAGCAGAUACGGCAGGCGGAAGAGGCGGAGAACAGGCCGAAGAUCCGCCUAAAGAAUUACGAUCUCGAAUCGAAUGGCUCGAGCGUCAACUUCGCGUGUAUAUGGCCAUUUGUGCACUGUGCGUGUUGACGAUUGUCAUUUUGUUCCUGUCGUACGCCUGCUUUUGGGGUCAAUGGAGGAAUGGAUGGCGCGGAAUUGAGGGACCACAGCCCGAUCUCUCCCCAUCACCGACGUCUCGUCCGAAAAGCGGCCUCAUCGAAUUGGGCUAUACAAAACUGAAAGACCACCGUUUCCCCAUCGAAUUCGUGAAGGCGGGCGGACCGGGCCAAUCGCUGUUGUGUACCGUAUGCCAGGGCGGAAGGGUCAUUCUCUGGGACGAGAAAUUGGACGAGAACCGCCGGGAAAUGGCCCGCAACCGGUUUGAUCCGCUUGGAAAAGAAACCACAGAUGAUGCACGACGACGUGGCGAUUCUAUCAACGGAACUCCGAGGGCCCAGAACGGACACGAACUGCCGGCAGUUUGGACUGUGGAUGCAAACGAGAAAAUUCUGGUGCUCGGCUGCGCUGACGGGUCACUGGAGAUUGGCUCCUUUCAACGCGCCAAACUGCUCGCCGUGUAUCUGGAGAACAAGUCGGGCAUCGUGCAGAUGAAGAUCCGCGGCUCUCUAAUUGCCCUCGCCCGGCUCGAUGGUUCCGUCGAAGUGUUGCGCGUCGAUUUUUCGGAAGGCGAGCCACUCCGCAUCCGUUCUGUUCGUCAACUCGGUCAUUCCCCCGCCCAUCAGUCCCCAAUGACCGUGCUGGAGAUGGGUGACGCGUUGUUCGCCACGGCUUCUCAUGAUCAUUCCGUGAAAUUAUGGGACAAUCGCACGUGUCGUGGCCUGCAACAUCUCCAAUUCCACAAGGCUCCCGUCACGUCACUGCUGAUCGACGAGUCAGAAGACGUUAUAUUCUCGGCGUGUGAAGAGGGCGUGGUUUGUUGGUGGCGGAUGACGACGGGCAAACUGAUUCGCAGCACCGAGGAUCCGUUUGGAUACGCGGUGGAGUUGGCGGCGACCGGGGAGAAUCUGCUGGGGUUGGGCGCUGAUGGGCAAUUGAGUGUAUGGGAUCGACCGAGUGGCCAGUUGAUCACAAGGAUGGGAACACACCCACCACAAGGGGGCGGAUCACCGCUACUUGAGAAGCGCUUCAUUGUGACGAUAGAGACUGGUGUCGUCGUCACUGCCCAACAUCGAACCAUUUCAUUUUGGGAUCUUGGCUAUAAGGCCCUCGUCAAAGAGGUGGAAGUGGAGCAGCCCCUCGACGGGUUGGCCAUCUGCUUGGGGCGCACGGUGUUCGCCCCAUCGGGAAAUAUCAUCUACCGUAUCCCGGUGCCUGUCGUCCAUCUCAAA